AUGCCCUUGGAUUUGCUGUCCACGGUGUCUGCGAGGCUAUUAGCCCAUCCACUGUAUACUUUAAUUGCUGCUGCGCUGGGGUAUGUGUUUGUUGUAAGGGGUGUCUGGAAUAAAUCCCGCAAGCGCAACCCCAAUAAUCUUCCGCUACCUCCCGGACCCAAAGGAUACCCUAUAAUCGGAAAUCUCUUCGACGUUCCUCAACCAGUCAAUAACCCACAUAUUGUGUAUGACCAAUGGUUCAAAAAAUACGGUGAUAUGAUAUAUGUUGAGGUCCUCGGUCAAUCGCUUUUGAUCCUAGGAUCUUUACAACGAGCAAAUGACCUCCUCGAUAAGCGAUCUUCAAACUAUUCAGACAGAAUGCGCAUGCCCAUGAUUCUUGAGCUGAUGAAUUGGGGUUACAACAUGGCAUUUCUUCCUUACGGGCAAUGGUGGAGACGCCACAGAAAGGCGUUCAAUGAGCAUUUCCAUCAAAACAUAGUUCACAUAUACCAUCCAACUCAGAUACGCGAAAUUCGGGUGUUUCUUCAUCGACUUCUAGUUUCACCCGACAAUUUUAUGCAUCAUAUACGACAUGCAUUAUCAUCAAUCAUUAUGGGCGUAGCAUAUGGCAUCACUGUUAAAGAUUCGUCCGAUCCGUACAUAUCAAAUGCAGAAAAAGCACUCCAAGGCGUUGUAGAGGCAGGGAUUCCAGGUGCAUUUCUAGUCGACCUUAUUCCUGCUUUGCUCUACGUUCCGGCCUGGUUCCCUGGAGCUGGAUUCAAAAAGAAGGCCGCAUACUGGAGCAAAAUCAACGACGAUGUCAUUAAUAAGCCGUUUGAAUACAUUGAAAAUGAACUUAAACAUAAUAGAGUGGUAGUACCCUCAGUGACAACAUCGCUAAUUAGCCACCUGCCUGACAAGAGUGAUCCUCUUUACUCUGAAGAAAGACAGAUUGCCAAGCACACGACGGCCGUUGCAUAUAUUGGUGGAGCCGACACUACUGUCUCUACUGUGCAGUCAUUUUUUUUGGCCAUGGCAAUGUACCCGGAUGCACAACGAAAUGCGCAAGCCGAGCUGGACGCCGUAGUUGGGUCACAUCGUCUGCCAGACUUUAGUGACCGGGACUCAUUGCCAUACAUCAAUGCCGUUAUCAAAGAAAGCAUGCGUUGGAACCAGGUCUUACCCUUAGGUAUUUUAUGUCAUAUGGCUACCGAAGACGACGAGUAUGAUGGAUAUUUUAUUCCACGAGGUACCGUGGUAAUGGCCAAUGGGUGGAGCAUUUUGCACGACCCAGAGGUUUUCUCUGAGCCAAUGAAAUACAAACCUGAACGGUACUUGAAAAACGGCAAACUGGAUCCCAGCGUUAGAAGCCCUGACUGCGCUGCGUUUGGCUAUGGACGUCGCAUAUAUCCAGGAAGACAUCUAAGUGACAAUUCUUUGUACUUGAUUGUCUCUUCUGUAUUGUCGGUAUACAAUAUCAAGCCACCUUUAGAUGAGCAUGGGAAUCCUAUACAACUCAAACCAAACUUUGCCGGUGGUUUUCUCUCAUAUCCAGUCCCUUUUCAAUGCAGGAUCGAACCCAGAAGCUCGACAGCUGAAAAAUUGAUUCGAGAUUGUGUAGAGGAAGACCUUUCAGGAUGA